GACGGGACCUCGAGCACAGGCCGCUCCGCGGGCGCCUCGGAUCCCCGCGGGACCCCCGUCCAGCCCGCCGCCCGGUGCAGCCGCCCGCGCGCCCCAUCGGCAGCCCCCCACGCGCACCCCCACAUCUCCGGCGGCGGCGGCGAGCCCAGCGGCCACCAUGUUCAGCUGGCUGAAGCGGAGCGGGGCGCGGGGCCAGCAGCCCGAGGCCAUCCGCACGGUGACCUCGUCCCUCAAGGAGCUGUACCGCACCAAACUGCUACCCCUCGAGGAGCAUUAUCGAUUCGGGGCCUUCCACUCGCCGGCCCUGGAGGAUGCCGACUUCGACGGCAAGCCCAUGGUGCUGGUGGCCGGUCAGUACAGCACCGGCAAAACCAGCUUUAUCCAGUAUCUGUUGGAGCAGGAGGUACCGGGCUCCCGCGUGGGGCCCGAGCCCACCACCGACUGCUUCGUGGCCGUCAUGCACGGGGACACCGAGGGCACCGUGCCCGGCAACGCCCUCGUGGUUGACCCGGACAAGCCCUUCCGCAAGCUCAACCCUUUCGGGAACACCUUCCUCAACAGGUUCAUGUGCGCCCAGCUCCCCAAUCAGGUCCUGGAGAGUAUUAGUAUCAUCGACACCCCAGGCAUCUUGUCGGGAGCCAAACAGAGAGUGAGCCGCGGCUACGACUUCCCGGCGGUGCUGCGCUGGUUCGCCGAGCGCGUGGACCUCAUCAUCCUGCUCUUCGACGCGCACAAGCUGGAGAUCUCCGACGAGUUCUCGGAGGCCAUCGGCGCGCUCCGCGGCCAUGAGGACAAGAUCCGCGUGGUGCUCAACAAGGCGGACAUGGUGGAGACGCAGCAGCUGAUGCGCGUCUACGGGGCGCUCAUGUGGGCGCUGGGCAAGGUGGUGGGCACGCCCGAGGUGCUGCGCGUCUACAUCGGCUCCUUCUGGUCCCAGCCCCUCCUGGUGCCCGACAACCGGCGCCUCUUCGAGCUGGAGGAGCAGGACCUCUUCCGGGACAUCCAGGGCCUGCCGCGCCACGCCGCACUGCGCAAGCUCAACGACCUGGUGAAGCGGGCCCGGCUAGUGCGGGUGCACGCCUACAUCAUCAGCUACCUGAAGAAGGAGAUGCCCUCCGUGUUCGGGAAGGAGAACAAGAAGAAGCAGCUGAUCCUCAAGCUGCCGGUCAUCUUCGCGAAGAUUCAGCUGGAACAUCACAUAUCUCCCGGCGACUUUCCCGACUGCCAGAAGAUGCAGGAGCUGCUGAUGGCUCACGACUUUACCAAAUUCCACGGGCUGAAGCCGAAGCUGCUGGAGGCGCUGGACGAGAUGCUGACGCACGACAUCGCCAAGCUGAUGCCCCUGCUGCGGCAGGAGGAGCUGGAGAACACCGAGGCGGGCGUGCAGGGCGGCGCCUUCGAGGGCACCCACAUGGGCCCGUUCGUGGAGCGCGGGCCCGACGAGGCCCUGGAGGACGGCGAGGAGGGCUCGGACGAGGAGACCGAGUGGGUGGUGACCAAGGACAAGUCCAAGUACGACGAGAUCUUCUACAACCUGGCGCCGGCUGACGGCAAGCUGAGCGGCACCAAGGCCAAGACCUGGAUGGUGGGCACCAAGCUCCCCAACUCGGUGCUGGGGCGCAUCUGGAAGCUGAGCGACGUCGACCGGGACGGCAUGCUGGACGACGAGGAGUUCGCCCUGGCCAGCCACCUCAUCGAGGCCAAGCUGGAGGGCCACGGGCUGCCCACCAACCUGCCCCGCCGCCUGGUGCCCCCCUCCAAGCGGCGCCACAAGGGCUCUGCGGAGUGAGCCAGCCACGCUGCCUGCAGGCCCUCCCUCCCGCUCGCACUGCUGUGGCUCCCCAGCUCCGGCUGGCUGCACGCACGCCCCUGCCCCAGCCUUACACGCACGCCGCACGCCCACCCUCCCAGCUGUAAGGACCGAGGUCUCACCACCCGCCGGACAGUGGGGACCAGGGGAGGGGCACGGCUUCUCUGCCCGGCUUUUGCACCUCCACCCUUGUAUACACUUAGGCACAUCACAUUGUCAUUAACACACACACACACACACACACACACACACAGAGGCAUCAAUUCAAUUACGGUCCAUUCAAGUAUUUAUUGAGCACCUAUUAUGUUUGAAUGUGCACAGCCUGCUUGGGGGACUGAGGAUUACAGCAGACAGCCAAACAGACAGACGGAUCUGCCCGCAGGGCGCUGACAUUCUCAGGAGGGAGCAUCUACACAGUCACACAGACACACACGUAGCCCUAACCCGUCUGAGCCCCAAUUCUGGGCCGGAAUCCUCGCCUCUCUCCAUAGUUCAGCGGCCAUUUGUUUGAAAUAACAGAAAGGCCCCCUGGCCCCACUUCUGGACAUCCAGGCAGGGACCGCCCCCCACCCCCACCCCACUCUAUCAUGUUCUCAGGCCUUGGGACCAGGGGAGCUCAGAGGGGGAGACACGACCCCCUACUUCCUCAGGUGGACCCCCCUCAGCCCCUUCCCCCCGGUUCUCACCACACCCCCUGCUUUAAUAAGGAUUCUUAGGCGACAGAAAAGCCCCUCGGCUCCCAGCUUCUCCCAGACUGUGCCCACUUCAAGGUAUUUUUGUCCUCGGCCCACCUGCCCUAGUUUGAAAACCCAGCCUGCCCGCCCCCUCCCCCAAGCUCCCCACAGCUGGUGGCCUGAAUUCGGGGCAUGGCGUCUCUGCCAUCAGCCCAUAUUUAAGUAGCGCCCCUACCAGAUAUAAAGGCCUCGGGGCUUUAUUUUAGUCCCCUUUCCAAAGGGACGCGAGGGAGGGGCUCUUGGUGCUACAGCCCUCCCCCCUCCCAUCUAAAAGGGCCGCUCACGCCGGCCCCGCCUUUCUGUGCCUUCACCACACACUAGUGCUUGACCCUGGUGGGGGACCCCAUGGGAAACAUGGGUCGGCUGACGUAGGUGGGGACGAUGCCCCCCUCCAGGGUGCUCGCUGGGAUUCCCACCCUCCCCGUCGCCCCCCACCCCAUGCCUGGGAGGGGCCUGUGACCCGAACAGCGACCGGCGUCCCCACAGAGCAAAUAAAGCCAAGGCUUCUUUCCA